AUGCGAAUGAACGAUGAAUGCAACAUGUUAGUAUGUCGGUAUGCAGCACGCAGUACUAUUUGUGCAGUUACGUGCCCCGAAAGAGUUUUCCAAAUGCCAAUGCAAGUAGAGGUGCUUGGCCAGAUAGAACAAAAUUGCAGUGUCAUAUGUUCUCAAGAUAUGAUGGGUAAGGGAAAGGUAUCCAGAUCGGGUUGUCGUUCGAUCGAGAACGGUCGUAGAGGAGUAUUGAACCGAGGUAACAGGUUAUAUGGCGGACGUUGGCUUGCAGCAGGACAUUUCACAAAUGAGUGA